AUGCACACACUAGUGCAACAGCUAAGUACCCUAGAAAAUCUACCCGUCCAAUCACCACCAACAAAAACCACCACCACUAACGACAGCAACAGCACUACGAAAGAUAAAAACAACAACACAACCUAUGAUAAAAACGACCAUAGCACCAUUAUCGACAAAAACAGCAACAACAUCGUCAUUGACAAAAACUGCAACAUCAUCACCAUUGACAAAAACAGCAACAUCAUCACCGUUGACAAAAACAGCAACAACAUCGCCAUUGACAAAAACUGCAACAUCAUCACCAUUGACAAAAACAGCAACAUCGCCAUCGACAAAAACAGCAACAACAUCGCCAUCGACAAAAACAACAACAUCAUCACCGUUGACAAAAACUGCAACAUCAUCACCAUUGACAAAAACAGCAACAUCGCCAUCGACCAAAACAGCAACAACAUCGCCAUCGACAAAAACUGCAACAUCAUCACCAUUGACAAAAACAGCAACAUCAUCGCCAUCGACAAAAACAGCAACAACAUCGCCAUCGACAAAAACAACAACAUCAUCACCGUUGACAAAAACAGCAACAACAUCGCCAUUGACAAAAACUGCAACAUCAUCACCAUUGACAAAAACAGCAACAUCGCCAUCGACCAAAACAGCAACAACAUCGCCAUCGACAAAAACUGCAACAUCAUCACCAUUGACAAAAACAGCAACAUCAUCGCCAUCGACAAAAACAGCAACAACAUCGCCAUCGACAAAAACAACAUCAUCACCGUUGACAAAAACAGCAACAACAUCGCCAUUGACAAAAAAUGCAACAUCAUCACCAUUGACAAAAACAGCAACAUCGCCAUCGACAAAAACUGCAACAUCAUCACCAUUGACAAAAACCGCAACAGCACCCUUGAUGAUAAAUACAACAACAGCACUACUAAUGGCAGAAAUGACAGCACCAUUAACAAUGGAGAAAGGUACAACAAAACAAUCCCUGCCUAG